GCUUUGUGUAACGCGGUGACGUCACGUUCAUUCAGCUCAGACAGCCGGAAGUAGCGUCAACGGGGCGCGAGGCUAAUUAACGUUUCUCUGUGUUUGAGUUGUUAAUUAAUCAAUUAAUUAGUUCUUAUCGAGUCAUUUCAAUGCUCGCUUUGAUCCACCGCACCUGACUGACGUCAUCAGCUCGCUGUGGGAUGUCCGGGCUCGUCGCACGCCGUCCUUCGUUGUCCUGACCGCGGCUCAUGAAUGUCCCUGACGCUGACGGCCAUGAGUGACAGCAGCACAGCGGCCGGCGGCCAGCAGCAGUGGGCGGGGUCCGGCCAGACGCCGCGGCCCCCCCGGGGUCCUUACAUCUCAGCCAUCACCAACAGGACCACCAACCUGCUGAUCCGAGGGGCCAUGCUGUUCUCGGUGGGCGUCUUCCUCGCGCUGGUGCUGAACUUACUUCAGGUGCAGAGGAACGUCACGCUCUUCCCCCCCGACGUCAUCAGCAGCAUCUUCUCCUCCGCCUGGUGGGUGCCGCCCUGCUGUGGCACCGCCUCAGCGCUGAUUGGACUCUUGUACCCGUGCAUCGACAGCCGGCUGGGCGAGCCGCACAAGUUCAAGCGGGAGUGGUCGAGCGUGAUGCGCUGCGUGGCCGUGUUCGUGGGCAUCAACCACGCCAGCGCCAAGGUGGACUUUGCCAACAACGUCCAGCUGUCUCUGACUCUGGCGGCGCUCUCCAUCGGCCUGUGGUGGACCUUCGACCGCUCACGCAGCGGCUUCGGCCUCGGAGUCAGCAUCGCCCUGCUGGCCACGCUGGCCACGCAGCUGCUCGUCUACAACGGAGUCUUUCAGUACACGUCUCCAGACUUCCUGUAUAUCCGCUCCUGGCUGCCGUGCAUCUUCUUCGCCGGAGUGAUCACCAUGGGAAACAUCGGACGGCAGCUCGCCAUGUAUGAGUAUAAGUUCCUGCAGGAGAAGACUCAUCAGGACUGAGACCUCGUGGCUCCACCAGUCUUCAGCUCGGAGGCGUAGACCAGGUCCGACCCGGACCACCGGCCGCCUGGUGCUUCUUCACAGACAGUAUUUCUGAUUGGCCGAGAGCUCGAGGCGUGACCGCCGACUGAACACUGAGAGUUUGAUUUCCUGUUUUCUUCUCGACUUUCCUGGAAAAGGACGGCGGCGGCGUCUGUCGAUCCUCGGAUCAGCUCCAGCGUCAUUCGGCUCGGCGGUGCCAAACAGAACCAGGACCAGAUUGAAGUGUUCGUCACACACUAAUGAUGAUGAUGAUGAUGAAGGCUGUGAGGACAUCACAUGAUCAGAGAUCAGCUGUUUAUGUAAAGACAAACGACCUCACUUCCUGUCUCCAUGGUGACGCGUACAGACUGUACGAUCCAUGUAACUGUGUUAGCAUCAUUAGCAUCAUUAGCAUGAGUGUGACCAAACAACCCGAGAUCUGCACGCGUUUCUGUUAGCUAACGGGAGCUAACGAAAGCUAACGGAAGCUAACGGGAGCUAACGAAAGCUAACGGGAGCUAACGGAAGCUAACGGGAGCUAGCAAACAGAGGCUAAGGGGAGCUAACAAGAGCUAACAGGUGCUAACGUGAGAUAAUGGGAGUUAGCUAACAGGAGCUCCCGUUAGGUUCCGUUAGCUAGCUAACAGGAGCUAACCGUUAGCAUCAGUUCAGCAGUGUUAAAGUCUGCAGAGUAAAAACACGUUAGCGUUCUGAACGAACAAACUUUCAAACAGUGUUUUUGUUUUGUUCCAGCACAGACGACUUAAAGGUUGUUUUAGCGUUAGCAUGUUUUCUAUGGUUCAUCAGGAUCGGUGUCCUUCAGGAUGAACCGCUCACUGAACAAACCUGAAACCUGAAGAACAUUUUGUUUUGGUGGAAUAAAGAUCACGACCUUUUGCUAA